GAUUCGUUGUGUUGGCAGCCGGGCCAUGGCAUCGCUUGCGGCUGACAGACACCCGAAACGGCCGAGGCUGGAAUCCCGGCGCUGCCAAGAUGCCACCGAAGCCGCGGCCAAGCUGCUGCGGCGGAUGCACCCGGAGGAUGCAGCGGUGUUGGAGUCGUUGCGAGCCAUGGAAGUGACCACUACGGAGGGCCGGAAUUUAAGCAAGGUCCUUGAAGCAAGGCAUGGUCCCGGGUUUUGGGAGCCUGGACUCGCGCAAGGCUCGGACCAGGAUUUUCUGGAUCGGUUGAUUGCGUGUGGCCGGAAGUACGCCUUGAGCAUCGUCGGCGGGGUUUGGAAAGCACACAUCUACAAAGAGUACAAGCUGCAGCUGGCAUACAUCCACGAAUAUUUCCGAGCCAGGGCCAAAACUGUAGAGAACGAGCUGCAGCAGCUUCACGAAUUGGCUGAUUUGCCCCAAGAGUGGCGGGACUUUUUUGACAAGGUCCAAGAGAAUGGUCAAGUUAAGAUCACCGACUUAGCCGGAGGUCCAGGUUGCUGCGCUUUUGGUGCCAGCCACUUCUUCCAUGAGCUGGGCAUCAGGUCCGCGGUGACCGUUUUGGAUCCUGUGGAGGAUUGGGCCUGGUGCAGCAAAGAGCUGGGCUUCGAGUUCAAGGUGUCCUCCACGCUGUCCGACAUGCUGCUCGAGGAGGCAGUGUUUAUGGCGGACGUGGUGCUGUUGGGCUGGGCCGUGAACUUUGCCGCCCGCGCCUUCUGGGAUCGGCUGCGGGUUGCCCUGGGCACCCGGGGCCGCUUCGUGCCAGGCUGCAACCCGCACGCGCUGGUCAUGGUGGUUGACCGGGGCCUGGACAAGAUGCUUUUCAGGGAUAAGAGAGCACGAGAACUUUCAAAGCCGGGGGUUGUUCAACGAGACCACGGAUCCAACGUGACAUACUCCUUUCUGGUGAGUGAUGAUGCUGAAUCGGAGCACGCUGAUGCUGCUGAUGCGGACGACACAUAGACGGUGCAAAUAUUCUUCUCAAUGCUGGGACUUGUCAAGAGCAAGCGCUUGGAGAAGGGCGAGCUGUCGCGCAAACUGGAAGGUGGAAUGCCCUGAGCCCUUGCGCUGCGUCCGGAAAAAGAGCCAGACGCGCCGAGGCGCCAUCAUUGGACAUCAAAUCGCCGGGCAGCACCG